AAUGAAGUCAUAAGGCAGAAAAUGAAAGUGGUGUCAAAAGCAUACACAAGGGGGAAAACCUUAAAAACCAAGUGAUGAUGAAAGAAAACUUCUCCUACAGAACAAUUAAAUUUCAAGAUUUUGGAGAAACUGAUGCCUAAGAAUGACCUUUAUAGCAUCCCAUCCUGUCUCGCAGAAUUUAUACACAGGAAAGGAGGAACUUAGAGCUUUUAUCAUGAAUGCUUUUGGCUUAAUACAAAUUGGCAUCAUACUGUUGUGCACCAGCACUACCUCCUAUCCUCAGUGUAAUCACCUUCCUUUACAGCGAAGAAAAGUGGUCAAGAACAGCAUGCAACUUUUGGACAAAAUGGGUGAAAAGUUUCCUCAACAAUGUCUAAGAGAGAAAAUGUUCUUCAGAUUUCCUAAGCAGGUUCUAAAGCCCAGACAGAAAGAGACUCUCAGAGUGGCCAUUGAAGAGAUCUUCCAACAUAUCUUCUACAUCUUUAGCAAGAAUCUGACUUUAGCUGCUUGGGAUAAGACAGCUUUAGGACAGUUCCAAAACGGACUUUAUCAGCAAAUUGAGCAAUUGGAGGCAUGUGUAAUCAAGAAGCAGACCCGGCAUUUUUGGAGUAAAGAAGUCAACAGGCUGAAACUGAAGAAAUACUUCAAAGAAAUAGACAGUUUUCUGAAAGACAAACAGUACAGCCUGUGCUCCUGGGAAAUCAGCCGUGCAGAAAUGAGAAGAUGCCUUCAGUUGAUUGAUAAUGUCGUAAGGAAGCUCAACAACUAAGGUGUACAUACUCUACCCACUAUCAUUCAUGGAUGCAAGCUGAAGAAGUGACAAGAGACACAGGUAUCGAGCCUGAAGCUGAAAUAGCAGAAAUAAAGCCAUCUAAGAACUUCACUGUGGUCCAGAACAACAGAAAAGACCAAAGAAGCAGAGCAAAGAGUAAGAGCUGUUUUUCCACCUGGUGACACCCUGCCACAAAUGUUAAAACAAAAUGUAUAUUUCUUGGGCUUUGUAAUGAGCAGCACUUGAAAUGGCCCCACUGCAAGAGUUUUUCAGUAUUAUUUCUGCUGCUUGUUUGGUACUUUUUACACCACUUCAAGCCUGUAAAAGCACAUUCAACCUACUCAUCUUUCACACUCUGCUAUCCUAGUUUCAGUGCAGUAAACUGUUACUGAAAUGGCCUCAUUUUUAUUAUUAUGGAAAUAACAUAAAAUAUUUUCAGCUGCUCUCUCAUGAAGAAUCCCAGUUUUUAUUGUCUCACUUGCAUGCAGUGGGAAUAUAUUAAUUCGUGGCCCACUAAUUGUUCGUAGCUUUCUUUUAGUUCAUAACUAUCCUUAAAAAUCUCAUUGCCAAAUAAAAAUAUUU